GAAGGGAAGUGAGACUUCCCACUGUUUUGCAAUCGAUGAGGGGAGCCGUUAGUGUGGGUCCGACCGUACCAUUAAGCGGCUGGGCUUAGGGGUGAGGGAAUUAGAGGGGCGUAGGGCGCCGUAGGGCGCCGCAGGGCACCAGCCUCAGAGCACGGGAAAAUGGCGGCCCUCGGGUCUCCGGCGCGCACUUUGCGAGGCCUUCUACGGGAGUUGCGCUACAUGAACGCAGCCACUGGCCGACCCUAUCGCGACACCGCAGCCUAUCGGUAUCUCGUGAAGGCUUUCCGUGCACAUCGGGUCACCAGUGAGAAGCUGUGCAGGGCCCAACAUGAGCUUCAUUUCCAAGCUGCCACCUAUCUCUGCCUCCUCCGCAGCGUCCGUGAACAUGUGGCCCUUCAUCAGGAAUUUCAUGGCAAGGGUGAGCGCUCAGUGGAGGAGUCGGCUGGCUUGGUGGGUCUCAAGUUGCCUCAGCAGCCCGGAGGGAAGGGCUGGGAGCCAUGAAAAUGGAGAAAUUCCUUGGAUGCUGCCUUCAUACAAGAAUUUAAUUAUUUCUAUCAUUAUGUAUUUAUUAUUAAAUUUUUUUUAAAGUUUA